AUGUCAAAUAUCAUUGCAAGAUUUCACAAGAUUCAAGUUCAAGACGGUGUAAAGGUUUGGUACCGUGAGGCCGGUGCAGCAGGUAACCCCACAAUUUUAUUGCUACAUGGGUUCCCUACAUCUUCCAACAUGUUCAGGAACCUCAUUCCCUUACUAGCUGGACAGUUUCACAUCAUUGCUCCGGAUCUUCCUGGGUUCGGAUUUACGGAAACGCCAGAAAACUACAAGUUCAGCUUUGAUUCCCUUUGUGAAAGUAUAGGAUAUUUGUUAGAUACUUUGAGUAUUGAAAAAUUUGCCAUGUAUAUAUUUGAUUAUGGAUCUCCGGUAGGUUUUCGGUUAGCCUUGAAGUUUCCCUCCAGAAUUACUGGCAUUGUUACUCAAAACGGUAAUGCUUACGAAGAGGGUCUCGAUGACCGCUUUUGGGGUCCGUUGAAGGAAUAUUGGAAGUCAUAUCAAAGUGAUCCGGUAUUUGUUAAAUCCCUUAUCCCGUACCUUGAAGAUCCAGCUAAUGUCAUAUGCCAGUACCAUGAUGGAGUACCAGCUAUCGAAUCUGUUGAUCCCGCCGCUUAUACGCUUGAUAUUGCGCUAAUUCAGCGUACCGGCCAGACCGAUAUUCAAUUGAGAUUAUUUUUCGAUUAUCAGAAUAAUAUAAAGUUGUACCCAGCCUUUCAAAAGUUCUUGAGAGAUUCAAAGAUUCCUGUGCUAGUUGCAUGGGGUGCGAAUGAUACUAUUUUUAGCGUUGCCGGGGCUGAAGCUUAUCGGAAAGACGUUGAUAAUUUAAAGGUUGUUUACUAUGAUACUGGCCAUUUUGCGCUUGAAACUCACGUAGUUGCUAUUGCCGAAGAAAUCAUCAGUAUGUUUGCAGAAAAUUAA